AUGGCAGCGUCCCUCCGCUCCCCGCCGCCCGUGCCCGCAGCCGCCGCCUUCCGCCGCUGCCGCGCCGCCGCCGUCGUCUGCGCCUCCUCCUCUCCCUCCUCGUCCUCGUCGUCGGCCGUGUCGUCCGCUCCCAAGGCGCGCUUCGUCGCCCGCCGCUCCGAGUCCACCUCCGUCCAGCAGCUCGCCCGCCCCCUCGGUACGACAACCCUAGCCCCGACCAGGAGCCUCACCUCACCUCACCUCCCCCAGCGAUCUCCUGACACGUUACCGUCCGUCUGUCCGCAUAUGUAUGCAGCGGAGUACAUGGGCCUGCCGGCAAGCCAGUACUCGGUGCUGGACGCGGAGCGCAUCGAGCGCGUCGACGAGUCCACCUUCCGCUGCUACGUCUACCGCUUCCGCUUCUUCGCGCUCGAGGUCUGCCCCGUCCUCCUCGUCCGCGUCGACGAGGAGCCCAACGGCUGCUGCAUCCGCCUCCUCUCAUGCAAGCUGGAGGGGUCACCCCUUGUGGAGGCGCAGAAUGACAAAUUCUCGGCUUCCAUGGUGAAUAGGGUUUUCUGCAACAGCAGUUCAGAGGGUUCGACGCUUCAACAGCUUACAUCGGAUGCUACAAUCGAGGUUGCAAUUGACAUUCCCUUUCCAUUUCAAGCACUACCAGUUGAAGCUAUUGAAUCAAGUGGCAGGCAAGUGCUUGAGCAGUUACUCCGAGUCAUGCUUCCACGAUUUCUGAAGCAGCUUGAUAAAGACUACCAAGCUUGGGCCUCGGGCGAUUCUUCACGGAAACCGCUUGGCACUGGGGAAAUAUGA